GACCGGGGCAGGGCGAGAGAGCGGGGCCGGCGGGGCGCGAUGGCGGAGGGCGGGGACGCGCCCGCCCCGGGCAGCGCAGGUCGCAACCUGAAGGAGUGGCUGCGGGAGCAGUUCUGCGACCACCCGCUGGAGCACUGCGAGGACACCCGGCUGCACGACGCGGCCUUCGUGGGGGACCUGCCCACGCUGCGCAGCCUGCUGCAGGACGAGAGCUUCCAGAGCCGGAUCAACGAGAAGUCGGUGUGGUGCUGCGGCUGGCUGCCCUGCACGCCGCUGCGCAUCGCCGCCACUGCCGGCCACGGGCCCUGCGUCGACUUCCUGCUGCGCAAGGGGGCCCAGAUCGACCUGGUGGACGUCAAGGGGCAGACGGCUCUCUACGUGGCCGUGGUCAACGGGCACCUGGAGUGUGCCAAGAUCCUGCUGAAGGCCGGCGCUGACCCCAACGGGAGCCGGCACCACCGCAGCACCCCCGUGUACCACGCGGCACGGGUGGGGCGCGCCGACAUCCUGCAGGAGCUCAUCAGGUACGGCGCGGACGUGGACGUGAACCACCAGCCGGCGUCGCGCGGGCCGGGGCAGGCGCUGCGGCCGCUGACCACGCUGGUGGUGUGUCCCCUGUACAUCAGCGCCGCCUACCACAACCUGCCCUGCUUCCGCCUGCUGCUCCAGGCGGGAGCCGACCCGGAUUUCAACUGCUGCGGGCCCAUCAACGUGCAGGGCUUCUCGCGGGGCUCGCCCGUGUGCGUGCUGGACGCCGUGCUGCGGCACGGCUGCGAGCCCGCCUUCGUGCGCCUGCUCGUCGACUUCGGCGCCGAUCUCAACCUCGUCAAGGUGGAGGCCCUGGGGCUCGAGGCCACGGGCAGGGUCAAGGUGAAUGCCGAGGCGCUGGAGGUGUUCAAAGAGGCGAGGGGCCGCGCCCGGAGCCUCUUGUCCCUGUGCCGCAUAGCAGUGCGGAGAAUCCUUGGCAAAUCCCGCCUGGAUCUGAUCCACAGCCUUCCCAUCCCUGACCCCAUUAAACAAUUUUUACUCCAUGAAAACAGUUAAGGGGCAGCUGGCUGCUUUUGGGGACAGUGUGACUUGGUAAAUGAGUGCCCUGACAGAGCCAGGUGCCAUUCCUGCCUCUUUUUCCUUCAUGGAGUGCACAUAAUUCCCUGCUCCUGUGGAUUGUUUUUUCUCCUCCAGAUUUAGGGUGCAGUGUGAUUCAGUGUCUUAUCUCCUUGGGGAGAGGCUGCUAAAACGUGUGUGGGUGUUGCUGGAGCAAAUACAAUAUAUCCUGUAGCUGUUGGCAAAUGUGUAACCUCUGUUACUGAUCUGUGUCACACACAC